GUGUCCGGGGGACAGACAGGUGUCGCGGAAGUUCACACUUGCGGAGGCGCAUCCCUCCGCGUCUUUUUAUUUUAUUUUUUUUAUUUUUAUUUUUUCAUUAUCUGGGAUAACGUGAAAGAGACUGUAACUGGCGGUCAUCCGGCUCCCACUGAUCCUGUGGUUGUCCCAGCCUCGGCCCCCAGAGCAGCAGCGCCCGUGCCUCUCCUCCUCCUCCCGUCUUGGAACCAGCAGCAGCAGCAGCUCAUUGCGGCGAGGCCAGGAACGAUGGGCCGGAAACUGGACCUGUCGGGCCUGACAGAUGACGAGGCGGAACAUGUCUUGAAGGUGGUCCAGCGGGACAUGAAGCUGAGAAAGAAGGAGGAAGACAGGCUGAGUGAGAUGAAGCAGGAGCUGGCGGAGGAAGGCAGCAGAUGCUCCAUCCUCUCCAAGCAGCACCGCUUCAACGAGCACUGCUGCAUCCGCUGCUGCGCGCCCUUCACCUUCCUGCUCAACCCCAAGCGCCAGUGCCUGGACUGCCAGUACAACGUCUGCAAGACCUGCUGCACCUACAGCAAGAGGGACAAAGCCUGGCUCUGCUCUGCAUGCCAGAAGGGCAGGAUUUUGAGAACGCAGUCCCUGGAAUGGUAUUAUAACAAUGUGAAGAGUCGCUUCAAGAGGUUUGGGAGUGCCAAGGUUUUGAAGACUCUGUACAGAAAGCACAUUAUCGAGAGAGGAGCGCUCUCUGAUCUCCCAGAAAGCAGUGUUCACGAGGGAAGCACCGGCAAUGACAACGAUGGCAGCGUCUGUGGCAGUGACUCCGCCUUCUACAAACAGAGUGAAGGACACAGUAUGGCAGAGACACUCACAGUCGCCUUGCGUGUUGCUGAGGAGGCUAUAGAAGAGGCCAUCGCUAAGGCAGAGGAGUUCGGUGACAGCUUGGAGAAGCAGAAUGAGGCUCGGUAUCUGCGGGACCACAAAGAGGAGCUCAUAGAGGAACUUGCCACAACCAUUGUACAAAAAAUCAUUCAGAGGAGGAAGCGUUCAGAGAUGCAGACAGAGUAUGACUUUGUCUGGCCUCAGCCUCAGUCCUUGAUCCAGCCCAGUGAACUGCCCUCUCCAUCUCAACCUCACACUUCUUCACAAGGACCACAGGACCCCCUCAAGACCUCCUACUCCCUCUGGCGGUCAAGGUCAGCGUUCUCCCUCACCAGUGACGACUCCCCAGAGAAGGGUCCAGAGGAGGAGGGCGCCGGAGCAGGUGGCGGCUUGCAGGAGUACGCUUCUCUGAAGAGGGACGCCAAGGCCACGUCUCUACCCAGCUGGAAGAGUGUUGAUCGCCUGGACAACUCCAGUGCAUCGUCAGUUCUCCAGAGCCCAGACGGUAACUGGAUUGCACUGCACAGUUCUCAGCUGUCUCGGCCCAGCCUGCUAACCAAGAGGAAGAGCCUGGUGUUCAGUGUGUUGGAAAAGGAGUCAGGCGUCGUCUCAGCCUACGACGAGAUGGGAUCUGACUCUGAGGAGGACAAUGAAGGCUGGGGCGCGGCAUUGAGACAGUUCCGGCGCAAGCUGUCCGAUGAGACUUACUACACGGACUCACAGCACGACCCGGAGUGGACGUACACCCAGCACCUUCCCAUUACCUCGCCAUCCUCUGGCCAGUACACCAACACAGAGACUCUCAACUCAGACUCGGAAGCUUCGUCAGUGCUGUCCGCAUGUCCUCGCAAACCACCUCAUAACAUGCUGAGGAAGAAAGGACCACCGGAUACACACCUGCACCCUCAUCACCAACCCCUGUACCACCAACACCUCCACCAGAACCUCUCUCCUUAUCCUCUCCAUUCAGAGGCACUGGAUGUGAACUUUAACCCCAAGGUGAUGGGAGACAGCAGUGAGGCCGAGGAGAGGCAGAGUGACCCUGUCAGGAGGUCACGGAGACGCAGGAAAAGCAAGAGAGAGUCCUCAACGGAGCAAAGCAGGCCUGCAGGCCAGGGCCACACACAGUCCAUAUACCCAAUAGUGCAGGAGAACAGUGGUUUUCUGCUCAAUGCCCUGCUGAAGAGGGGUUUAAGUGAGGAACAGCCAGUGCCAGUGGCCACAGCUGCACUAGACGCCUUCAAAUCAGAUGCCAUGACACCAGAGCCAGAAGACUUGGACACGGUGGCUCCGAAUUCAGCGGCCCUGAGCCCACCCCAGCCCCACUCUCUAGCUCCAGGACCCCAGCAGUCGGCCAGCAGCUCAGGGCCUGGAGACCCUCUGGAAGAGGAACUACGCUCCAGACUCAGCCAGCUGGUCAACCGUGCCAACAGCAAAGACAGCAGCUCAUCUGAAGAGGAGUGCGCGAAGUGGCCUGUGGACAAACAGACAGAUAAAGAAAGUGACAGACAGAGAGAGAAGACAAGGCCGAAAGACACGGAAAGAGAACGGCACAGGGCAAGUGACAGAUUAAGAGAGAAAGCAAGUGAAACAGUGGAACAAGUGAAUGGACAAGAGGUGAAAAGAAGUGAGAGACUAAUAAAGAGUCCCUCGGUGAGAGAAGAAGGUAGACUUAGGGAGAGGAGGUUAGAGAAAGGAGCACAAAGCUUGGAAGCAAAAGUAGAUGACCAGGAACAAACAAGAGGAAACAAAAGAGACCCAAAUAGACAAAGUAAGAGGCAACAUAAAAGAGAUGUGGAGAGAGAGGUCGGACAGAAAGGAGGAGGAGGAAGGAGAAGUGGAUCAAGCGCAAGUUCACCUGCUAUUACACCCUCUUCCCAGGAGGGUGUGCUGUCAGACAACCAGGAGGGACACAAUGACUUGGAGCAACAGCAGAGGCUUCAGUUGCUCUCCUCUCUCUUACAGCAGCAGAAGUACUCGGCGGCCUCUCUCUGCAGCAUCACUACAGAGGUGCUGAAGGUUUUGAAUGCCACAGAGGAGCUGAUCGGCGAGGCGGGAGGUGAGAGCUACACCCCAUCUGAGUCCAUGAGCGCUUCUCCCAUCUCCAGCAGCUCUGAGACCCGCAAGCUGGACCAGAGGCUGACCAAGAUGGAGGAGAAUGUGUAUCUGGCUGCUGGUGCUGUGUACGGCCUUGAGGGGGCGCUGGGGGACCUAGAGCAGUGUGCUCGCAGUAUUAGCAGCGGCACCACAGACACAGAGCUGGCCUUCCUGGAGGACCAGGUGGCCACUGCAGCCGCUCAGGUCCAGCAGUCUGAACUACAGAUCUCAAACAUUGAGGCCAGGAUAUCAGCUCUGAAAACAGCUGGGUUGAACGUGACUGUCUGCAAUCGCUUCUCCAAGUAUAAGCCAAAGGCUAAGCCGCAAACUCUGGACUCAUCACGCCAUCAAAGGAGGAAGCUUCCAGCACCUCCACCGAAAGAAAAGUUGGAGCCAGAGCAGCAGGUGAAAGUGUUUCGGCCAUAGUGACAGUCAGCAGCACAAGAAGUCCCUCAGGGCCACUUCAGGAGCCCCCAGGGACAGGGGCCGUUCUCAUCCAGUGCCUUGACCCAGUGUCCGUGUCCAGCUCCAAGCAGAGCAGGGACCAACACCCGCCCUGUGUGACCCACCAAGCACUCAGCCCUGAGCCAGGCACUGUACUGCAUCAGUCAAACACCUCACAGAAGACAUGACUGGCUCCACCCCUUUUUCCACUCUGUCCUCUGUUUUCUCGUCAUCACCACACACUUAACACGUCAAGCAAGGAUGACUCGACAGUCGGUAUCUCUGCCUUAAAAUCUGCAAACACUCCUCAUGACCCAACUCCAAAAGAAUAUCUGUACAGAAAAAGAAAAACUCUCAUUUCCUUUUUCUAUCUGUUUGCAAGAGUAUUUGUGGUUUAACGUACAAUGAAGAUGUGGAAAAAUCAUGUGAACCUUUCUGUGAUUCAGUGUCCCAAAAAGAGGCUGAGCCCUGUUUUAUACUGCAUCUUCUUUCUCACCAAAUGAAAUGUCAUGAGGAAUUUUAGCAUACUGUAAGCCCCUUCAGAGCUUUUUUUUGGAUGAUUGUCAGUUUUCAUCACACACACACUCAGCUAUCAGAUGGUAAUCCUCAUUCUGGGGAUGAUUGUAACAUUGACAUAUUAACCAUUUAAAAGAUUAAUGCACUUACCAGAAAAUGGUGUUUAAAGGUACAAAGUAUCAGGACUGAAGUGUUUUUGUCGUUUCCUGCCACUGAAAUUGCUAGAUGGCAGUAAACGAACGCAAAGCACACUUGAGAGAUAUGUCGCUCCCUACCACUCUUUGUACUCUAAAUAUAAAGAAAGUACUGUAUAGCCAGCUGCUGGUUACUUUAGCUUAGCAUAAAGAUGGAAAACAGGAGGAAACAGGUAGCCUAAACCCUAAAGUUGUGGGUCAAACAGCUAAACAGUUUGCUGAAACUUGCUAUAAAGCUCCAUAAAGUCAAGGGAAGCUGCAGAUUUGGGUCAUAAUGCUCUGAAGAUUCAUCCUUACAAGUGAUACCUUUUGCAUUAUCACAUUAUUUCCACAUUGUCAUUUCAUACAUUAUUAGAACAUUAUCAAUUAUAGGCUCUUUAAACCAUACUAAAAGGCAGAUCAUGUAUACUUUUGGGCAGGGCCAGGCUAACCGUUUCCCUCUGAUUUCAGUCUUUAAACUAAGCUAAGAUAACUGGAUUCUGGCAUUAGCUUUUAUUUAGUGUACAGACAUGAGAGUGGCAGUGGUUUUAUCAAUUAACUCUCAUCAAGAAAGCAAAUUAAUGUAUUUCUCAAAAUGUCAAACUAUUCCUUAAAUAAAUUCCAACUGUAACAGUGUUUUUUCUGAGGAAGUGAAAAAAGAAAAUAUUGGUAAGACCUGAUCAGUAGACACACUCGUACACUAGAGCCUUAAUGUGGAAGCUUUUAUGAAAUGAGAUCAAAUAAGGUUUGAAAGAGCCUGAAUGUCAAACCCAUAUCGAGCUCAGCAUAAACCUCUGUAGGUCUGGCAUUCAGCUGAGAUCUGCAAAUGUUCUCAUUUUUAUAUAUUUAUAUUUUUAAUGCAGUAUUCUUCAACCCAAAGUCACUUUCUUCACCUUCGUCAUUUUCUUCCUUUACUUGUGGCCUUUUGUUUGAACAAAAACAAAGUAUCUUCAUGUUUUCCCCUUCUCUGGGUCAUGUCCUAGCUUUUGUGUUGCAUUCAGAAAAUCUUGUAAAGAUUUUUACAUAAUGAAGUCUGAGGGGCGAUAUAACAAAUGCCAUGAAACCAUGAUUUUGUUACAAGCAAUUUAUUUUUGUACUUACAGAACGUUUUUAUGCAAUACCACUGAAAUAAGUACUAUUGCAAAUUAAAGGCUUUAUUCUCUCCUCAGAGGAGCCCUCCUCAGUCAGUCCUAUUAUGUGUGAUGACUCAAAGUGCUUUCAGUGUGUCUGCAUUUACCAUUUGAUAUUCCGCCAGUAAUGACGAUGGUAAAUGCUACAAAAACACGGGUGACAACAGGCAUUUUAGGAGCGGCUAGUACGAUUCAUACUGUGUUUGUACUUCUUAAACACUAGAUUUGAGAAUACUGCCUUACUUUUUUUUUCUUUCACUUUUAAUCUGUGUCAACUCACAUUAGUUUAGAAUAUCAGUUAGCCAUGCACACAGUCGUCAAAGUUUUUGGCUACAGCUUAAAAGCAGGGUUGGAUUUCCUGCUGGACUGCUUGAACUAAAAAAAAGUGUGAUGAUCUUCUGUUUGAAUGCUCCGUCCCUUCUAUUAGUGAUCUUUUCAUCCCAGCCUUUCACAUCUCUGGUUUGGCACAUUGAUCCUGUACUUUUGUCAAUCUUGUUCUCUGGAGAGUGUCGAUGUAUAAAAAGCAUGUUUCUGGUUUUAUCAAAUUGAUGUAAAAUUUCCCAUGAGAAGCACAGCCACAAGGGUCCAAUCAUCGGUGUCCUGUAUUUUUCUAAUGUAAAAAAAAUAUAUAUAUAUACUAUCUCAUCACAGAAUUUGUUAAUAUAUGUAUAUGUGUGAAAAGAUGGAUAUGAUAUAGAAUAAUGUGUGUAUUGCCCAAUCAUAGUUGACCAAUCUUUCAGUGUUGUGUGCAAGAGACUGUGUAUAACUGUCAUGACUUGUAAGGCUGGAUUCACACAGGAAGUCUAAUUUUCUACUGUAACUGUGUCCCAGAUGCUCAAUAAUGAGAUUCACACAGCUAAAAAAAACAAAACAAAAAACAAUAUUACUUUUGUUCCUGUUUAUAUCCAGUGUGAAUGACUAUGAAGAGGUUCGCUGUGCACAGCUCCACAGGCGGGGCCGUUCACUUUUCUGUGCAAUCGUUUGUUGCAAUCCAUAUGACAUGUUGGGGAAAAUAUUAACGUGCAAAAAAUACAGAUUCUCUA